AUAUCUAUAUCGUAUAGCUUAUAGCUUAUAUCUAUUUUAAAUAACUUAAAGCCGCUAAAAUUUGGCGGGGGACAGCUUUCACCCUGGAGCGGUGCGCGAUGCUGUCUCACACCGACCUCCUGGACGCCAGGCUAGGUAUGAAAGAUGCCGCCGAGCUUCUGGGCCACCGGGAGGCGGUGAAGUGUAGGCUGGGCGUGGGGGGCUCCGACCCCGGGGGCCACCCGGGGGACCUAGCGCCCAACUCCGACCCAGUCGAGGGAGCCACUCUGCUGCCCGGGGAGGACAUCACCACAGUGGGCUCUACGCCGGCCUCUCUGGCGGUGAGCUCAAAGGACCCGGACAAGCAGCCGGGGCCCCAAGGUGGCCCGAACCCCAGCCAAGCAGGUCAGCAGCAGGGCCAACAGAAGCAGAAGCGCCACCGGACGCGCUUCACCCCGGCGCAGCUCAACGAGUUGGAGAGGAGCUUCGCCAAGACUCACUACCCCGACAUCUUCAUGCGCGAGGAGCUGGCGCUGCGUAUCGGGCUGACGGAGUCCCGAGUGCAGGUCUGGUUCCAGAACCGGCGCGCUAAGUGGAAGAAGCGCAAGAAGACCACCAACGUGUUCCGUGCGCCGGGGACGCUGCUGCCCACGCCAGGCCUGCCUCAGUUCCCGUCGGCCGCCGCCGCCGCCGCCGCCGCCAUGGGCGACAGCCUGUGCUCUUUCCAUGCCAACGACACCCGCUGGGCGGCAGCCGCCAUGCCGGGAGUGUCGCAGCUGCCGCUGCCGCCGGCGCUGGGCAGGCAGCAAGCCAUGGCACAGUCGCUGUCCCAGUGCAGCCUGGCGGCCGGGCCGCCGCCCAACUCCAUGGGCCUGUCCAACAGCUUGGCGGGCUCCAACGGCGCGGGGCUGCAGUCGCACCUCUACCAGCCUGCCUUUCCCGGCAUGGUGCCCGCCUCCCUCCCCGGCCCCAGCAACGUCUCCGGCUCGCCCCAGCUCUGCAGCUCCCCGGACAGCAGCGACGUGUGGCGGGGCACGAGCAUCGCCUCCCUCCGCCGCAAGGCGCUAGAGCACACAGUCUCCAUGAGCUUCACUUAA